UUUACAUCUUUCAGGACGUAAUUCUCUAACCUCUAAAUAUAUCAAGUACAAGCGCUACAACUGUUAUACAAUAAUUAUUUAGCCACUUCCCUUCCUCCAUUUGAGUGUAAUUUUUGGUGAAUAUUAGUGUCAUUAACCUUCAAUCCUAGUAAUUUUUCUGCCAAGUUUUCAUCUCUGUGUGUACGAGGAGAGUAUUCACUGUGCUGUUCAAUCUUUUGUCAUCGCAGUCAUCGGCUCUUCUGGUAUGGCUCCAGUGAUCAACAUUUCCAGUCGAUACAUGUGAAUGCUGUUCCUGAUUGAAAUCAUAAUAUGACAGAUAUCAUCUCUUGGUUAUGAAUUGUUUAAAAAACCUAGAGUCAUCGUUGACUCUGAAAUGUCUGUCGCAAGCAUCUCUUUUUUACAAGAACAGAAGACUUAUCCAUUUGUCUGCCUGCAGGUUUGAAAAGGAUCAGAGAAAUCACUAUGAAGUGUUAGAAAUAGAGAAAAGUAGCUCGACUAAAGAGAUUCGGGAUGCAUUCAUAAAAUUGUCAAAAGAGAACCACCCUGAUAAGAAUCAAAAUGACCCCGAGAAUCACAACAAGUUUGUUCGUAUUAAUGAAGCAUAUAGUGUUCUGAGUCAGGUGCAAUCUCGGGCAGACUAUGAUAUGAAACUGUCAAGCAGUCAUCAAAGAGGUCCAUCAGGAUUUGGAGGUCCGUUUCCAGAUGGUGGUCCUUUUGGACAUGGUGCGGGACCAUCAUUCUCUGGUCGUCCCCCAGAAUAUUAUACCGUGUACAGGGGACGUCCGUAUCCUUUCACAGGAAAUCCAGCCGAAGACUUUAUGAUUCGAUUUGCAAACAUAGCCAUUCGUGAGAAUUCUCAGCGCCAAACUGACGAGUACAAUGCAAUGUUAAAUACAUUGGACUCGACUGCUAGGAAACAUGGAAACAGGCAUAUAAUCAGACAAAUGUUUCCUGCAGAUGAGACGAUAAAACAAGAAGAGUCUAGUGAUUCAAGCAAUCAAGAUACUGAAAACAAAGCAGACGGAGAGUUGAAUAAGAUUUUGGGUUUGAAGCAGUGAGUAGCAAAUUCUUUUCGGUGCUCAGUAGGUUGUUCAUUAAAUUAGAGCCCAGGCUAUCAGGACAAAAAAAAAUGCACGUUGCAGUAUGAAAUAAUCACUGACUGGAUACUUUUUACGGUUGAGCUGAAUUUAUUUUGAGCAGUUGAGCAUUGACAAAUAUUCUGCUGAUUACUAAGCCAUUUUGUCCAUCAAUGAAAUCGACAUCAGUUCAUUCACUAAAGAUAAGUUUCAUCUGUACUCACCCAUUUAUGAGAGAGACCUUUAAAAGGAGGAUAAAAUAAAUAAUGUACAAAAUAAGGAGUGAAAGAAUAAAAAUAAGAGAAAUAUUUAGGAGGCAGUUAUAUGCACUCUCGUGUACAAUCGUCAGGGAGUGAAUUCUUCUUGUUAAUUCAAGUAGGUACUUUUUUUCAAAAAAAUAUGAUGUCAUUUUUGUCAAAUUUUCCAUUGUGAACUUGCAGUUUUGAAAUAGAAAAUUUAAUUGCUCUUACUUUGCUCUUUUAAUAAAGAAAAACUGGUAGGAAAGUGAAAUUUACAAGUAUUUUUGCAGAUGCCUCUUCAUAAAAAAAAUGUGUGUAGUUCCUAGUAUCUAACAGGAGUCAGUCUUUGAAUUAGUCAGACAUCAGUCCUCACUGGGAGAAGCCAAAAGUGACUCGCAAAAAAUUUACAAAUCUUGAAGGGAGGUGGCUAGAAUAACACUUUCAAUGAAAAAGUUGUACCCUAGUAUUGAGAAUAGAACGAACUUUUGGUUAGUUUGCUGAAACCAAAGUUUUUUUGGAUUGGAUAUUUGAUGUGACUGUGAAGAAAAAUGUGAGACUUGAUGAUCAUUGUGUUUCAUUGCACAUAAUAAUUUUAAGUUGUAUUUUUUGUUUACUAAUAAAUUUGUUUAUUUUCAUCUUUA